AUGGCGCGUAACCCCAUCAAGGUCAACAACGUCCUCUGGCAGGACUAUCUCUCAGCCCAAAGAAGAUCGCUUCCUCCCCUCGACGAUGUCAGCGAGAUUACCGGACGGGUGUCUCGAGUCCUCGGCGGCAACCCUGGCGAGAUGCAACUCCAGGGCACGAACACCUACCUCGUGGGCACGGGGACGAGUCGUAUACUCAUAGACACGGGCGAAGGAAAACCUUUAUGGGCGAAAAACAUCAAGGCUGUCCUGGAAGACAACAAGUUGGACAUUGCAUAUGUACUCCUAACCCACUGGCACGGAGAUCACACUGGUGGGGUUUCCGACCUGAUCACCUACAGGCCCGAGUUGGCAUCGCGAGUCUUCAAAAAUACGCCGGACCCCGGCCAGCAGCCCAUAGUGGACGGUCAGGUCUUUCGCGUCGAAGGCGCCACCAUCCGCGCCGUCUUCACUCCGGGCCACGCGGUAGACCACAUGUGCUUUCAGCUUGAGGAAGAGAAUGCUCUAUUCACCGGUGAUAACGUCCUGGGUCAUGGGUACUCCGUGGAGGAAGAUCUUGGGGCCUACAUGCGGAGCUUAUACCGCAUGAGUGGUCUCGGGUGCGCCGUGGGGUACCCAGCUCAUGGUGCAGAGAUAGCCGACCUUCCACAGAAGAUUUUGCGCUACCUGCGUCACAAAGAGCUGCGAGAGACACAGGUGUGGAACGCGCUGGUGGAAAACCGGCAACGCGAAGGCGGUGCAGGGAUGGCAGCGGGCAGUCUUACCGUACGAGAACUGGUGGAGGUUCUGCAUGGCGAUGCUCUUACUCAGGAGCUAUCCAAAGUUGCUCUCGAACCUUUCGUGACGCAAGUCCUGUGGAAGUUGGCAGAAGACAGGAGGGUUGGCUUUCGGGUUGUGAAGGGGACGAGGCGGUGGUUUUCCAGCCACAAGACAGUCGUUCCAACUGCUGCAGCUUGA